CGGCGGCGGCGGCCGUUAUCGUCGCCUGGGGCUGCGGUGGCUCGCGGGGGUUCUGAGAGGGCAGCGGCGGCCCGUGGUCGGUGGCCGCUGGAGCCGGCCUGCGAGCGGACAGGGGCGCUAGAACGGCGGUUGUUACCGGCUCGUUCCUUCGCCACUGCAGUCCCGGGCUGCAGGGUCCCGGCUGCCCCGGGGCGGCGGCCGGCUGGGAUGGCAAGAUAGCGGCGCGGGAGCGGCCGGCAAUUUUCGGGAAACCGUGAUCCAGCUUAUACAAGGAGUGACUGCAGAGCCCAGACGAUGGGUGUUUACUCAUGGUGGAGACAGCCAUCCCUGAUGGUGGACAAUAAAAGACCGAGGAUGGCUCCAAACUUGCCACAGCUCCUGUCAGCACUUACUCUUCUCCAUCUGACAGUGCAAGUAAAUAGUCUGAAGAGGGGGGCACUCCAAGAUUUGAAAUGUACAACCAGCAAUAUACAAGAGUGGGAAUGCACAUGGACGACACCCCAAGGGGUCAGCCGUGGAACUGUUAAAGAAGUUUGCAUUAAAGACAGGCCCCAACCUUGUCAGAAAUUAGAGACAACAAAAUUUAAAAUUAAAGCUCUUUUACCUGGUGACCAUGAAGUAACAAUACAUUAUCAAAACGGCUUUCAGAGUAAAUUCACACUGAAUGAAAAAGAUGUCUCUUUAAUUCCAGACACUCCUGAGAUCUUGGCUUUGUCUCCUGACUUCCGGACCUCCAUGUUACUACUGAAGUGGAGUGACAAAGGUUCCGCUUUUCCUUACCCCUCAAACGCCACAUGGGAAAUUAAGGUUCUACGGAGUCGGAGUAUGGAAACCGUAAAAUUAGUGUCAUUCAACACAGUGCUGAGUGGGAAAGAUACAGUUCACCACUGGAACUGGACCUCAGAGCUGCCCUUGGAAUGUGCUCCUCACUCUGUGGGCAUCAGAUGGCGCAUUGACAACCAUCAUUUCUCUGGGUAUAAAGAGUGGAGCAACUGGAGCCCCCUGAAGAACGUUUCCCGGCCUCGUGGUUCUGAGCCUGAAGUUUUUCCUCAAGACAUAGUGGUACUCGCAGGCUCAAACAUAACAUUUUGUUGUUUAAGUCGAACAAAAGUGCUUUCGGGGCAGAUUGGCAACACGCUUCGUCCUCUUAUCCCUCUUGAUGGGGAAGAUGUUGUAAUCCACGUCCUGAAUAUACCUUUCUCUGAAGACAGUGGAUCGAAUGUGGUUUUCACAACACAUUAUGACGUGUACGGAGCAGUUAUUUUUGCAGGCUAUCCACCUGAUAUUCCUCGGAAGCUGAAUUGUGAGACACGUGACUUAAAAGAGAUCAGAUGUAGUUGGAACCCAGGAAGGCCAACGAGACUGGUGGGGCCACGAAACACAGAGUACACUUUAUUUGAAAGCAUUUCAGGAAAAUCCCUCGUGUUUAAAAGGUUUGAAACACUUCCAAAUGAAAGCUACUGGUUAGCCUUCCAAAUGCUUCCUGACCAAGAGAUUUAUAACUUCACCCUGACUAGCCGCAAUCGCCUGGGGCAAGCAGCAUCAGCACUGCUCAUCAACGUAACUGAAAGAGUUGCUCCUCAUGUUCCUGUUUCGCUGAAAGUGAAGGACAACAGUUCAACAGUCGUUACACUUUCUUGGCACUUACCAGGAAAUUUUGCAAAGAUUACUCUUUUAUGUCAAGUUAGAAUUUAUAAAGCUAACUCGGAAGAAGAAGUGCGGAAUACCACAAUCAAAGGAGUCGAAGAUUCGGUUUAUUUUGUAAACGUGGAUAAAUUAACCCCGUAUACUACGUAUGCUUUCCACGUCCGCUGCUCUACUGAACCUUUCUGGAAGUGGAGCAAGUGGAGCAAUGAAAAGCAGCACUUAACCACAGAAGCCAUUCCUUCAAAGGGACCCAAUAUUUGGAGAGAGUGGAGUUCUAAUGGGAAAAAGCUGUACAUCUAUUGGAAGCCUUUAUCCAUUAAUGAAGCGAAUGGAGAAAUACUUUCCUAUAAAAUAUCAUGUUCAUCCAAUGAGGAGACACAGUCCCUUUCUGAGAUCCCCGUUUCUCAGCAUAAAGCGGAGAUACAGCUGGAUAAAAGUGACUACGUCAUCAGCGUGGUGGCAAAAAAUUCUGCUGGCUCCUCGCCGCCUUCUAAAAUAGCUAGUAUGGAAAUCCCAAAUGAUAACAUCACAGUGGAGCAAGUCGUUGGGAUGGGAAAGAAGAUCUUCCUCACCUGGCACCAUGACCCCAACAUGACUUGUGACUACGUAAUUAAAUGGUGCAACUCAUCUCAGCCCGAGCCCUGCCUCAUGGACUGGAUAAAAGUCCCUUCAAACAGCACCGAGACCGCCAUAGAAUCUGAUCAAUUUCAGCCAGGAGUAAGAUAUAACUUUUACCUCUAUGGGUGCACUAAUCAGGGAUAUCAACUGUUACGGUCUGUAACUGGAUAUAUAGAAGAAUUAGCUCCACUUGUUGCACCAAAUUUUACUGUGGAAGAUACAUCCGCGGAUUCAAUAUUAGUGAAAUGGGAUGACAUCCCCGUGGAGAAACUACAAGGCUUUUUAAAGGGGUAUUUACUGUACUUCCAUAAAGGAGACAGAGAUACACCGAAGUCGAGGGGGUUUGAGUCAGGUCAUUCUGACAUCAAACUAAAGAACAUCACUGACACAUCCCAGAGGACGCUGAGGAUUGCCGAUCUUACGGAACAAACCAGCUACCAUCUGGUGAUGCAAGCCUAUACAAAUGGUGGCCUGAGCCCAGAGAGAAGCAUGAUUGUAGUGACCAAGGAGAACUCUGUGGGGUUAAUUAUUGCCAUCCUUAUCCCAGUGGCCGUGGCUGUCAUUGUUGGAGUGGUGACCAGCAUCCUUUGCUACCGGAAGCGAGAAUGGAUUAAGGAAACGUUCUACCCUGACAUUCCCAAUCCAGAAAACUGUAAAGCGCUGCAGUUUCAGAAGAGCGUCUGUGAGGGAAGCAGUGCUCUUAAAACAUUGGAAAUGAACCCCUGCACCCCAAAUAAUGUCGAAGUUCUAGAAUCUCGAUCAAUGGUUCCUAAAAUAGAAGAUACAGAAAUAAUCUCCCCAAUUGCCGAGCGUCCUGGGGAGAUCCCGGAGGCAGACCCCGAGAACCACGUGGUUGUGUCCUAUUGCCCACCCGUCAUCGAGGAGGAGAUUGCCAAGCCCGCCGCAGACGAAGCGGGAGGGGCUUCCCAGGUUGUGUACCUUGAUGUUCAGUCCAUGUACCAGCCUCAAGCCAAGCCAGAGGAGGAACAGGACAGUGACCCCGUGGUGGUGGCCGGCUACAAGCCACAAAUGCACCUCCCCAUUAACCCGGCUGCAGAAGACACAGCAGCAGAAGACGAAGCAGAUAAGACUGCGGGUUACAGACCUCAAGCCAAUGUAAAUACUUGGCACUUGGUCUCUCCAGAUUCGCCAAGGUCCACAGACAGCAACAGUGAAAUUGUCUCUUUUGGAAGUCCGUGCUCCAUCAAUUCCAGGCAGUUUUUGAUUCCUCCUAAAGACGAAGACUCUCCCAAAUCUAACGGAGGAGGGUGGUCCUUUACAAACUUUUUCCAAAACAAACCAAACGACUAACCAGGUCACCCUCUGCCACUUCAGUCUGCCAUCUCAAUAAGCCCCCACUGCUGGUGUCGCCGCAGCAGCUGGAGCGUUCCUGGAGGGACCCUGCAAAUGUUGAUAGCCAGGGACCUUCACUCCGGGCAAGUGACACUAGAAGUGUUAAUGUGCUUUUAAUGUACCCUAAAAGCCAAGUGCCGUGACUCAGGGCCCUCAGCCAUAGAAACUCAUGAUUUGAAGCUGUUUUUGAUUGAGCCAAAGAAUUACUCCGAAGGAUCUCAAGACUGACUUUGUCUAGUAUAUAU